AUGGGCUGCCAUCAUGCAGGCAAAAGUUUUAGCACCAAAUGCCCCAAGAGCUUGAAAUUCCGCUACUCUUUCACUUCUCGCCAGUUCCGAGAGGGAUGGGUUGCCUCAAACAUCAUGAGGACAUAUAAGAGCAUACAUCUGAACCGGCAUCCCGGGAUGAAAGCACGCACACCCCGCCUCAAGGUGGCUUCUGCAGCCGGCUUAGCCACGACUCCAGAUGGGCAGUAUAAUCUGUGUGGCUUAGGUCAGCCUUCCAUUGUCCAAAGCCCCAACCAAGGACCUGGAACUAAUGCCCAAGUAGGUACUAUCUGCUGCGGGUUUGGGUGUUGCCCCAGCAGGUCCCAUACGUGUAAUGUCAACUUCAGUUGCACUGUGCCCAACGGAGAGGUCAUACCACCGGCAGCUCCAAACUCUACAAGUCAGCUCACACAUAAGCCCACCACCCACCAUCCCUCGAUACCACCUCCAGGAAAAGCCACAACCAAAACCGUGGUGUCAUCUGUCAAACAGCCCAGUCGCCGGUCAAGCGAUCAACCCCAGCACACCCUAGGUUUAUUGACUGAAUCAUUUGAAUCAACUACCGGCACACACUCAAAUCAGCCCACCCAGCGCUCGCAAUCUGCAAUCAACCCUACAAGCCCCUACAUCUCACAAACUACAGAUGAGUCAUCUGAGAUCCCCACCAGCACAACCACCGAAGAUGGCUCUUUUCUGCCCAGUUCCCUUGGCGCUGUUGUUUUAGUUGAUACGCGAACUGCAACACUUCCUCUCGUUACAUCUACAACUACUUUUAUCACUGUAGACCACACGUUCACUCUUACCCCCCCUUCACACACAGGACAAGCCGUUGAAACUUUGGUUAUUGAUGGUACUUCAACAGCAACUCUUCCUCGCAUCUCAAAAACCAUGACACUUACCACUCUAGGUUUAACUUUGACGCUUGCACCACCUUCCUUGACAAAAACAGAUCUUCCCCUAAGCAGAACAGCUUCCAUUACAGGUUCCAGUUCAACUCUGAGCCUCACGUCUUCGCGUGUAACCGAAGGAAGGGCAUUGACCACAGAAAGUCAAAUCAUCACACCUAGGCCAAAUAUUUCUUCAACUAACACAGUUAGCAAUCCACAGUUUCCCACCACGACAGCAAGCCAAACAAGCGACGUUGUGGGCCACCAGCCGCUACCCAUAUAUGAUGAAUGGCCUUCCGAUGCCGUUAUUGUUACCAUCUGCAUUCGAUUCGGCAGUAUAAACAUUAAGGGAUGGAAGUUGAACCUUCCUAGCGGAAUCUACCCUCACGGGCGACCUCCAUCACCGAAUAUCAAACUUCCACCGGGAAUUAACUUCCAAGGCGAGCUUCCGCCAUGGCCCAAGUUCACCGUCGGGGCUAAGGGAUUCCAACUUUCCCUAACCAGCCCGAACCUACUAAAUGUGAGACCAGGACAGCCUCACUAUGCUCAACCACCACAUCGAUGUUCUAUAUCUCCGACCACAGCAACAUUAUCAUGCACCCCUACCCCUACUGGGAAAGACCGGCGACAGGAUGAGACAAGGAUUAGAACCUUGGAUACAAUAUCUAUGGGUAUCAACUUCUGGAGAGUAUAUCUCACUCCUAGUCAGGUCCAGCAUGUCAAGGGCAUACCGAAUUACGUCAUUGGAGGAUUUGACGUAGGCAGUCAGAUGUCUUUUUGCUCUGCCAGAUCUCUCCCAAAUUGGGACCGUCCGUAUAUAUUUGACAAGAGCGCUAGGAAAGAUAUUCCUGUCUACAUUGUAGAUACUGGAGCACAAAUUGAUCACCCAGUCCGUAUGCACACUCGUCGUGGUCUGUAUGCCCAAAAAUUUAACAAUGUUGUGACAGGAAUCAAUCAAGGUGACAGGGCAGCUACAAGGGCCGAAUUUAUAUACGCUUAUGAGGACCAUGACCAUGCAGAGAACCUCGACCCUCGUGAUGACGCGGGAAUGCCACGGAAUGGCAUUUGUCCUCCUGCCAGAACUCGCAUCCCGCACGGAACUACAAUGUUAGGCGCCGUGAUGGGUGCCAAGCUCGGGAUCGCCAAGAAGAUCAAACCAUACAUAGUACGCACUCCGCGAAGGGACCCUAGAGGCAGCAAUCCCAUGGCGGAGGAUUAUGUGCUAGGUUAUCAAAGAUCAGUGACCGCUAUUCGGACAGUAGAGAGGUAUAUUUCCGUCGCUGGCGCGGGUAAUGUCCCUUCAUCAAUCAUCAAGGGAUGGCCUUCCCUGUUUGGCGCUAACGUCUCAACAUUGACUGAGGAUGAACUACAAGGAUGGCUAGAUAUUCCUCAGAUAUUAGUUGUCGGAGCCGUGGAAACAGUUGAAGGAAAAAUCUCAUCGAAUUCGGGAUGGGAUAAGCGGAGACAUAUUCCUGACGUUCAUGCGCCCGGUGUCGAUAUUAUUGUGGCGGACGGGAAUAAGGGGGAAUGGGCUAGGAAUGCGCAUUACAAGCAAUCAGAUGGCACUUCCCUUGCAAUUGACUCACGGAUGCCCUUUAGCGCAGCUACCGCUUAUACAGCCGGCCUCGCUGCACAUUUUUUGAAACUUCACGAGGUCGGCCGGCUUAAGCCCAUAAGUCCCGGCAUACAACUUGACAUGAGAAGGGGGCUUAAAGACUAUAUCUGA